AUGGAAUCCUACCCCCGAAAGACCGCCUCUGGCAUCAAGGUGAUCGUCGUCGGCGCCGGCUUUGCAGGACUCACUGCGGCCAUCGAAUGCGAUCGUAAGGGACAUUCUGUUACCGUAUUUGAGAGAGUGUCCGAACUCAAGCCGCUCGGGGACAUCAUUAGCUUCGGGCAAAACGCGUCGCGAAUAUUUGCCAAGUGGCCUGGGGUGAUGGAGGAGAUGGAGCCAAUCAUACACAAGAGUGAGAAGAUUACCUAUCACAACUGGGAAGGCAAAUUUGUUACCUCGCAGUCGUUUGAGGCUGAAAAGGUGUGGGGACGCAGGAUAAACGGGCAUCGUGGAGAGUUGCACAAAAUCUUGUAUCAGCAUGCCCUGGACCGGGGUAUUGAGGUGAGGCUUGGCCAGAGCGUCGAGGAUUACUUCGAGAACGAUGACGAGGCCGGCAUCGAGGUGGAUGGUACCAAGUAUAGGGCCGAUAUCGUCUUGGCUGCGGAAGGUGUCAAGUCGAGAGGGAGGAAGAUAGUGCUGGGAUUUGAUGACAAGCCUCAGCCCUCUGGGUAUGCCGUUUAUCGAGCAUGGUUUUCCACGGACAAGCUCAAGCAGAACGACUUGACCAAGCACCUCGUGCAGGGAGAUAGCCACAAUGGCUGGAUCGGACAGGACAUUCAUUUUCUCGCUGCGGCUAUCAAGGAUGGCGAAGAAAUGAGCUGGGUUUGUACUCACAAGGACGAAGCAGGAAUUGAAGAGAGCUGGCAAUUCCCCGGAAAGGUCGACGACGUUCUGAAGGUACUGGAUGGCUGGGCACCUGUGGUCCAAGAACUCGUGAAGGCAACGCCUUCUGACCGCCUGUUCGACUACAAACUCGUCUACCGAGACCCUCUGCCCACAUUUGUUUCUCCUAAAUGUCGGAUCGCUCUAAUCGGAGAUGCUGCACACCCAUUCUUACCGACGUCAAUCCAGGGUGCAAGUCAGGCUAUGGAAGAUGGAGUGACAUUGGCAGCAUGCCUCGACAUCGCCGGCAAACAAACCGUAACGGUGGCGAUGAGGGUUUAUGAGAGAAUACGGUAUGAGAGAGUUCACAAGAUACAAGCUACUGGUGUCACAACACGGGACAAAUGGCACAAGGCGGACUGGGACCUGAUCUGGCAGGAUCCAACUCUACUGCACUUGAAGCGCGAAGCAUGGAUACUGAACUUCGAUGUUGAGAAAAGUGUCUACUCAGAGUACGAAAAUGUACGGGGAUCACUUGACGGCACGAUUAAAGACAAUGUCAGUCAUGGUGCUGACAGGAUAGCGCACACGGUCAACGUUUCUUAG